AUGGGCAGCCAACUCCAUAUCCCCUGCCUCCUGCCCCGCUCCGCUCUCUCACUUCGCCCCAUCUUCCCUGAUCCCUACUCUCUCUCUGCCCUUCUGCACCACUGCUCCUCCCCCGCUCUUCCCCGCUACGGCCAGCAAGCCCAUGCCAUCGCCCUCACCUCCUUCCUCGCCGCUCACCCCCUCGUCGCCGCCCGCCUCAUCGGCAUGUACUCCGCUUGCUGCAUGCCCAAAGCCGCCUCCCUCGUCUUCAAUACCGCCCCGAACUCAGCCCUCUCCAAUCGCGUCCUCUGGACCACACUCAUCGCCGGCCUUGUCCGCAACGGCGAUCACCGCGCCGCUAUGGAGAAGUUCCGCACCAUGCAGGUCAUGGGCGUCCCGCCCAACAACUUCACCCUCCCCACAGUGCUCUCAGCCUGCGCCUCAGAGAGAGCCCUCCGCUUCGGCUGUCAGGUCCACGGCUGUGCACUUCGAACUGGUUUCGGUGCCAGCCCCUUCGUACAGAGCUCGCUUGUCGGCCUCUACUCCAACUGCUCCGAUCUCGCCAGCGCCGACAGGGUUCUCCAGACGUCGGACUCUGACGACCCGGUCCCGUGGAAUACCCUUAUCGUGAACUGUACGCGAUCGGCGCGGCACGAACACGCCCUCUCCCUCUUUGUGCAAAUGCACCUUCGAGGCCUCGCGCUGGACGAGUUCACGUUCCCCUCCGCUCUCAACUCCGCCGCCUUCUCCGGUGACUCAGGAAUCGGAAGAUGCAUCCAUUGUAUGGUUCUCCGGAGCGGCUUCGACUCUCACAGGCACGUUGCCAACGCCUUGGUGGACAUGUACGUUAAGAUGAGAGAUUUCACUCACGCCCGUGGGGUGUUCGACCAAAUGCCGGAGAGGGAUGUGGUGACAUGGACCUCCCUCCUCGUUGGACAUGCGCGUCAGGGUUCUCACGAGGUCGCCCUUCAACUCUAUUCCGACAUGCUUGCCCGUGGAGUUGAACCGGACGAGUUUGCCGUGGCAGGGGUGCUGAGUUCCUGUGCCAGUUCGACCGCGCUAGAGCUCGGCCGCCAGGUGCACGCUGCCAUCGUCCACCGCGGCCUCGAUGCUUUCGUCUCGGUUUCCAACGCGCUGAUCACCUUGUACGCCCGUAGUGGGUCCAUCGACGAAGCCCGCGCUGUGUUCGAGAAGUCGCUCUGCCGCCGCGACGCGGUCACGUGGACGGCUCUCAUCAUGGGCUACGCCCAAAACGGGCGAGGUGGGGAUUCCCUCCGCCUCUACGACGCAAUGCUCCGGGCAGGAGCUCGUCCGGACUAUGUGACCUUCAUCGGCCUGAUCUUUGCGUGCAGCCACGCUGGUCUCGUCGAAUCAGGGCGAGUCCACUUCGAGUCGAUGGAGAAAGUCUACGGCAUAACCCCCGGACCGGAGCACUACUCGUGCAUGGUGGAUCUGCUGGGCCGGUCUGGUCGGGUGGAGGAGGCGGUCGAGCUGCUGGGUCGGAUGGACGGCGAGCCAGACGCGACUGUGUGGAAAUCGCUGUUGGCUGCUUGCCGGGUGCAUCGGAACAUACCGCUGGCUGAGCGCGCGGCGGAACGCCUUUUUAAGCUGGCGCCGGAGGACGCAGUGCCGUACGUGAUGCUGGCAAAUGUAUACACUGCGGCAGGACGGUGGUUGGACGUGGCACGUGUGAGGUCGCUGAUGAGGGCGCGCGGGGUGAGCAAGGAGCCCGGGUGGAGCUGGAUGGAGGAGGGCGGAGCGGUGCACGCAUUCAAGGCAGGGGACAGGGACCACGCACAGGUGAAGGAGAUCUUUGCCAAGGUGAGGGAGAUGAUGCAGAGGAUCAAGGAGGAGGGUUACGCGGCCGACACAGGGUUUGCUUUGCACGACGAGGAGGAGGAGGGGAAGGCAGAGGAACUGGCGGUGCACAGCGAGAGGCUGGCCGUGGCCUUUGGACUCAUCAACUCCGCUUCCCAUGGUAAGCCUAUAAGGGUGUACAAGAAUCUGCGUGUUUGCGGCGACUGCCACACCGCUCUCAAACUAAUCGCUAAGGUGUAUGACAAGGUUAUCAUUCUGAGAGAUGCCAAUUGCUUCCACCACAUGAGGGAUGGGAUCUGUUCUUGUGGUGAUUAUUGGUGAUUCCUCUCUCCCUUAGCUUGGGAAUGGGCUUUCUUGACUCUAAUCUCUAGUGACAGAUGAUCAAUGCCACUUGUCAGAGUUAGUGAAGCUAAAAUGCUGCUGUGUCAACAUGCUGAAAUCAUCCGAGCGGCAUGCUUCCUCGAGUCCCAGGAAUGAUACUCUGGGGCUCUGUUCGUAUCGGUCAUUCAUUCAUAGCUUAAUUUAGUCUACGAGACAUGGUUGAAUUGGUUUCUGCAUAUAGAAGCUCUAUUCUUAUCAUUCAUUCAUUCAUAGCUUAAUUUAGUGCCUGAGACAGGCUCGAAUUGGUUAUUGCCGGAUUAAAUUUAUUAUAAUAGG